CAGGAUAGGACUUCACAGUAAGAUCAGGAGAUUGCAACACAAAAAUGUUAUCCAGUACGAGCAUCAGUUGUGAAUAUACACAUGCCAGUGUUGUUACAGGACAUAGAUAUAUCCUAUUCAUCCCUAAAGUACGACUGCAGUCUACUUACUGAGGAGUUCUGUGAGCAUAUAGAGGUUGUACAAACCACAGGUCCUCGGUGGAUACAAAGACUUACUGCUUAUACCAAGUGUAUACAAAUAAAUACUGCUGAAAUCUAACUAAUUCAAGUCAUGAUGCAUAAUGCAAAGUACUGUAUAACCCUGACAGCUUUGUUGGGUUUUACUAUUGUUGCAUUUGGAGAAGAAUAUGGGUCAUCCUCAAAGCCAUCCUCUAAUGGCAGGCUAUCAUUUCUGGAAGGUAUGACAACUACUAUGAACUCAUCCUUUCUCAAAGCAUUGGAUGCUAAUGCAUCAAUCCAAAACAUACAAGCUAACAAAAGUCUUCUAAAUGGAAAAAACAAGUUUCCACCAAUGUGUGAUGGGCAGACCGAGAUCAAAGACACAUUCAGAUACAUAACCAGUGUGAUAUCCUGCCUGAUAUUUAUAGUGGGCAUCACUGGUAAUUCAGCACUGCUAAGGAUAAUCUACAAGAACACGUGCAUGAGAAAUGGUCCCUAUAUACUGAUUGCAAGUCUGGCUUUAGGAGAUCUUCUUCAUAUUAUUAUCGAUAUUCCAAUCACCACGUAUAAGCUACUUGCACAAGACUGGCCAUUUGGAGUUGAAAUAUGUAAACUAGUUCCAUUCUUGCAAAAGGCUACAGUGGGAAUCACUAUGCUGAGUCUCUGUGCCCUUAGCAUAGACAGGUAUCGGGCUGUUGCCUCCUGGGCUCAUGUUAAAACCACUGGAGUUUCAAAAUGGAUUGCAGUGGAGAUUGCUUUUAUCUGGCUUGUAUCCUCUGCUCUGGCAAUACCUGAAGUGAUUGGUUAUGAUUUGAUUGUAACAAACUAUAGAGGGGAACUGCUCCAAACCUGUAUGCUUCAUCCUAUACAAACAUCAGCAUUUAUGAGGUUUUAUAAAACGUACAAGGAUAUGUGGCUAUUUAGCUUCUAUUUCUGCUUACCUUUGGUUUUGACGGCAGUCUUCUACACCCUGAUGACAUUUGAGCUAUUCAGAAAGAAAAAUGGAAUGGCACUUGCAAUUACUGACACCUUACGACAGAGACGGGAGAUUGCAAAGAUGGUCUUUUAUCUUGUGCUUGUAUAUGCUGUUUGCUGGCUUCCUCUGCACCUCAGUCGGAUUUUAAAAUUCACAUUUUAUGAUGAAAAGGAUGCUAAGAGGUGUGACUUUCUAAGUUUCCUGUUACUGUUGGAUUACAUUGGUAUAAACAUGGCUAAUUUGAAUUCAUGUAUCAAUCCAAUAGCUCUCUACUUGGUGAGCACAAAGUUUAGAAAUUGCUUCAAGUCUUGUUUGUUCUGCUGCUGCCAGUCUAAAGAGAUGCUGAGCUUGGAAGAAAAGCAUUCUUGCAUGAAGUUUAAAGGUCACGAUCACGGAUAUGACAACUUUCACUCCAUUAGCAAAGACAGCUCAUCAUGAAACAAAAGAUGCUUUAAUGCUUCUGCUUGUUUAUUUCAUUAAUUCACAUUGUUAAACUUAUUAGGAUAUUCCAGUAAAAUAAGCUGUUGGACAUUUUAGGACAGUUGUUACCAAACACUGAAGACAUUAAGUAGCCUAUUUAUUAUGCUGUGUAAGAUCAAAUUCAGCAAAAAAAUGGUGGAAAAAGCUGUGUAAAAUAGAGUUUGCCGUCCGAACACCAGAUUUUACGGCAUUAUUUUACAUAAGUUCUGGCAAAAGAAAAAAUGCAUAAAAAAUUAGGCUGAUUUUACACCGUUUUUUUACACACGAAGCCUAGCGAUGUGUGCCAAAUUUUGUCGCCAUUUUCUACACUGCAUAAUAAAUGUGCCUCUUAGUGAAUGAAAGUUUCUGCCUGUAGGUCCUCACAUAGUGAUUCCUAGUCUUUUCUGUAGGUGAAGUACUGUUCCAAUUUUUUGGAACAAGGAAAAUUGGAAGUGGAAGAAAUGUCAUAAUUAAUCAAACUUAAGGUAUCCAUACACUUUAAGAUCUGCUCAUUUGGCAAGGUCACGAAAGGUGCGGAUCUUCUCCUGAUAUUCUCACCUAAGGAGGGCGAUAUCGGGCUGAUUUGAUCACGUUAAACCGGUGGGCAUAGGUGCCAUCGAACAGAGGACUGCAUCAAUGACCUGAUACGACCCCCAAUCUGAAGGAAAAUCAAACCUGCCCAUUUGAGAUCUGCCCAAGUUUAGGCCAGAUCUUGGUUGGUUAGACCUGUUGUGGCUGCCCAUACACGGGCAGAUAAGCUGCCUAAUCUGUCUAAUGACCCAAAUCUGCAGGUAAAAUCUGACCAUGUAUGGCCACCCCAAGCAAGAAAUGAUGUGGGAUGUUCAAAAACAUUGUGAAAGCCCCUAAUUAGUAAACCUUAUACAGCAGAAGCUUUAUCACCAAAAUCAAAACAUUACAAUUAUCAAAUGUUGGAGAGUUUUUAAGUUAAAAAGAUGGACUGUUACUGGUAGAUUUACAAGUUCUUGUUAACCAUCCUUAAAAUAAAUCGAACCACCCACUGUACCAUAGAAAAACUGUCCCUAAAGAAUUUACAUUCAGCUAGCUUGAACGAAGGUAUAAUUUGAUAUUUAAUACUCAUUGCCAACAAGCUUUCUGCAUACAUUAGUCUGGCCUAAAUUGACAACAUUCAUUUUUAAUACAUGUAAUAUAAAAACAAAUUUGUUUGCAGAAUAAAUGUUUAUGCAUUUAUAUAAACACCUGUUUUAUAUAUUACUGCACAAAACCAGAAAUUUAAUCUUCUGUAUUUCUUUAGAAAAUGUUAUCAUAAUUAUAAAUAUAGCAAACUUAAUUGCCCUAGGAUAUGUUGCCAAGCAACCACAAUCCAGGUCAUUUAUUUACUGUAUAUAUAAUAUGUAAUAAAGACAUUCCAUAACUGGUUUAAACAAAAAAGUAAAUGGAACUUUUUGCAGAUAUUUAAUUUACUAUUAUAAAAAUAUAUGUGUACCCUUCAACACAAUAGAGGGUUUAUAUCUAUUUAAUUUAAGAUAUAUAUUAUAAUAGCACUGUUUCAGUAUGACAGGAAGUCCAAAGAACAUUCUUUAUGAAAAAGUUUUAGUUAAUUAAAAAAGAAAAGUUAAGCUAAGAGGACAUUAUAUUACAACUGUAUUUAAGAAUAUAAAGUUACUAGAAGGUGGCUGUUAAGUGUAUCAUUAUUAAAAAUACAAAUUUAGAUGGAAAUAAAUCCAUUUUAUACUCAAAACGGGUGAACAAUAAACAUGUACAUUUAUGAAAACCAGUGUUUUGUUUAAUAAAGAGACAUACAUUGUAUAUUAUUUUAUUAUAUAUAAUAAAAAAUUCAAGAAAA